GGCAAGCGUGGGAGGAGGCCCGCAGGGCGAGCUGGCUUCCUCCGGGCCGGUAGCGGGGUGAAGGGGAGCCGCCGAGGCGCGAGCUGGAGGUGGCCGUGGCGCCCGUCAGCCCCCGGCAAGACUGAUCGCGGGGAGGCGGAUAGGCGGGCGGGAGGCCGGAGAUUCUUUAAUGAAAAGUGCAAUAAACUAAGAAACCAAACAUGAGGGUAGCAGGAGCUGCAAAGUUGGUGGUAGCUGUGGCAGUAUUUUUACUGACAUUUUAUGUUAUUUCUCAAGUAUUUGAAAUAAAAAUGGAUGCAAGUUUAGGAAAUCUAUUUGCAAGAUCAGCACUGGACACAGCUGCUCGCUCUACAAAGCCUCCCAGAUAUAAAUGCGGGAUCUCCAAAGCUUGCCCUGAGAAGCAUUUUGCCUUUAAAAUGGCAAGUGGUGCAGCCAAUGUGGUGGGCCCCAAGAUCUGCCUGGAAGACAAUGUUUUGAUGAGUGGUGUUAAGAAUAAUGUUGGAAGAGGCAUCAAUGUUGCCUUGGCAAAUGGUAAAACGGGGGAAGUACUGGACACAAAAUAUUUUGACAUGUGGGGAGGAGAUGUGGCUCCCUUUAUUGAGUUUCUGAAGGCCAUCCAGGAUGGGACAAUAGUCUUAAUGGGCACAUACGACGAUGGCGCUACCAAACUCAAUGAAGAGGCACGAAAGCUAAUUGCAGAACUGGGGAGCACAUCGAUUACUAACCUUGGUUUUAGGGACAACUGGGUCUUCUGUGGUGGGAAGGGCAUUAAAACAAAAAGCCCUUUCGAACAGCAUAUUAAGAAUAACAAGGAUACAAAUAAAUAUGAAGGGUGGCCUGAAGUUGUAGAAAUGGAAGGAUGCAUCCCGCAGAAGCAGGACUGAAGACUGGAGAAAACUGACAGAAAUGCACUUUCACUGUUAAUGGGAGAGCUGUAAAGAAGAAACUACAUGUACAUAUUUUAAUAGCAUGCAGCCAUCUUGGUGUGUGCAUGAGCAUUGUCUCUGUUGAUAUUGGGAUUAUUUAUUGCUGACAUAAAAAGUUAUCUUUGUAAAUAGUCCUCAUCUGGAACAAAUCACUGAACCAUUUUUAAGCACAUUUCCCUAGAAGUACAAUGUUUAGAUUGUUAUGGUAAUAAUACACUCAGUGGAUUACUGAGCAGAUUGUCAAAAUUAUGUGUCUACAUAUAUAUAUACAUAGGUAUGCAUAUAUAUAUGUACUAAUAGCUGUGAAAAACUUAUCAUGGAACAAUAGGCUUUUAGGGAGGAGAUAUAGAUACACACAUGCGUGUAUGUGUCUGUAUAAAUAUAUAUAUAAAUAUCUGUUUUGUGAUGAUAAUAUCUUUUAAGUUAAAGAUAUUUGACUAGUAGUAUAUGUACUGUUACCUUACCAACCUUACAAUCUGACUUCUGAUGUCUUUCUUUUAUUUUUCUUUCUUAAGAACCAAGAAAUAAAAUGUUUGAUAUGAAGACUUAUAUCAGAUUUGUGAGAAGCACAACCAAUUUUUUUUUUUAAUGCACACAGUCAAAGUCAAUAUAUAAAGGUGAUGGCAUUCAGGAUGGUAGCCCUGGACUUUGUGUUAGCAGUGAUGGUAGCUUCAUAUAAGCUUUACAGAGCAAGGCUUCAGGUGGGAUAUGUUGCAACAUGGCAACACGGGAGCCAGACCAUAUCCCCUCCUCAACCCUAGGAGGCCAUUCAGGAGAAUGAAGGCAGUGAAUGUAUGUUCAGCCCCACAAGCUCAUUUCCCUUAUGUCAUUGUUACCAGCACUGGCCAGGUUGUUUGAACAGGGACAUUCUCUAGUGUCAUAUUAAUUUUAAUUUGUCAACCAACAAAUUCUGUAUUUAUGUCAUCUGACUAUGUAAUUGUUAUUAUUAACUGAAGCGAUAGUGUCAUGUUUAGAAAAUUCAAGUAGAGUCAUAUUUAAAAAGUAAUUGUAUUUGUUCCCAAAUGGCUGUAUGCUUAAUUCUAUAUAUAUUAAAAAAAAAAAGGAGAUCUAACUUUUCCUGUUACAAGUUUACUACAAGACUACAUUUCCACUUCUUUAUAAAUUUCUUUGGGGCAUUAAAUCAUCCUGUUGUGUGUGAGUAUUACACAGCUCUUGUCUAUGAAGUAUCCCAGAGUAUAGACUGAUCAACCUGAUUAAACUACCUUUUCCAGAAGAAGGCAGUGCUUAAAUUCUGAACCUACGUUUUAGAUGGUUUGUAUGUAUAAUAAAAAUGAAAAGCAAUGUUCAUUAUUUGGCUGUAAGUUGGAAAUUAUUCAGCUCUUUCUUAAAUACUAAAGAACGUUGGGGACUGUUUCUUCCCUCUGAGUGAAUGUAAUUCAUAAGUAAAUUCACCACCUAUGUUUCACCCAUUUUUGUAAACUCCUCAGAUUUUUGGUGCUUAUACACUAAAUCACAUUCACUGUGUAUAUUUUGACAUUCAGAAUACUUCCCUUGAUUCUGUAAACUCACAAAAUACCUGUUUUACAGUUCUAGGGAUUGUAAAAUAAAUGUUGCUUUUUUUUUUAGUAUUGAAAAUACUCUUGGUUUUACAUUUUGAAUUUUUUUAUUACUAGGAAAGUAAUAUUCCUACGGAACUUCACACUAAGGAUCUUUUUUUUUUUUUUACAAAAAACAUUUUACUGCUUAACGUGAAAAAAAAAUUCAUUCCUGUGGUUAAACACAGUAGUAUCCUCUGUAUAUAUCUCGACAUGUAUAAAAUCUGAGUAUCUUCAUUGAAGGCCAUCCUUUUGGUUUUAAAGACUAAAACUCAGCUUUUACAGGUGAAUAAAAUGUCAGAAAACUAGGGAUAAAGAUUGGUUAUGUAACUACUUUGGUACAGCUUGUUUUCAUAUGAAUUCUGUCUUGUACAGAUUGUGCCAACUUAACUCUAGAAGCAAUAAUUUUACUAUAUUUUAUUUUCAGAUCUUCGUAAAGUCAGCCGUAGAAGUGAAAUCAUUCUCAUUGAAUGUUUGAGAAGUUUCACUAUUAAAGUUAGAACUUUGACAUUGACAUUUAGUUUUAAGUGGUGUUUUAAGGGCUUGUGAAUGCACAUUUUUGUUUGUAAUUACAGAUGCUGUCCUAAAGCAAGUGUGUUAUAUAAAUGUUCUGACUGCAAAAUGAAACAAAAUAAAUGAUAUUUGAGAAAUUAAAGCAAAAUUGAUCCAGACUUAGUAUUUCUGAUUUCAAUUUGUUUAAAGUGCAACGUAACAAUUUUUUAUGCUGUGUUUAUGUGUAAGUGAAUGCAUUAAAUGGAAGUUAAAUCCC